AUGCCCCGUCAACUCAAAUACCACGAGCAAAAGCUCUUGAAGAAAGUUAACUUUCUAGAAUGGAAGCAGGAUCACGGCCAUAGAGAUGCUAUGGUUAUGAGAACAUAUCAUAUAGAGAACAGAGAGGAUUAUCAUAAGUAUAAUCGAGUUUGUGGUGAUAUAAGGAAGUUGGCCAGAAAGCUAGCGUUACUAUCACCACGAGAUCCAUUUAGAAUAAAGCAUGAGCAGCUUUUAUUGGACAAAUUAUACAGAAUGGGGGUUUUAUCUACUGCUUCCAAGAUCAGUGACCUCGAAAAUAAGGUUACAGUGAGUGCAUUUUGUAGAAGAAGAAUUGCCGUUGUCAUGUGCAGACUUAAAAUGGCAGAAGCAGUGUCGGAUGCUGUCAAAUUCGUGGAACAGGGUCAUGUUAGAGUGGGUCCUGACCUUAUAACGGAUUCUGCCUACUUAGUCACCAGAAAUAUGGAGGAUUAUCUUACGUGGGUUGACAGCAGUAAGAUCAAGCAUAAUGUCUUGAAGUAUAAGAAUAAGUUAGAUGAUUAUAGUUUAGUUUAG